AUGGCAACAGAACCUCUGCAGUGCAAGACUCUGGUGCUCCGGGUGUCCAUCCACUGCGAGGGAUGCAAGAAGAAGGUGAAGAAAGUGCUGCAGAGCGUCGAUGGCGUGUACAGAUGCGACAUCGACGCCCGGAGCAACAAGGUGACGGUGGCCGUCACCGGGAACGUCAGCGCCGACGCUCUGCUCAAGAGGCUCCGCAGGUCGGGCAAGAAUGCCCAGCAGUGGCCGGAGCAGCAGCUGGCCGUAGGAACCCAGAGACCCGGAGAAACCAAGAACGACUCCAUCCAGCCAGACAAGCCCGGUGGCACUGGCACCGCCCACAAGCCGGCGUCCGGCGACGCGGAGACAAGCGCCGCAGGGCAGAGCAACUCCAAGGCCACCCCUGAAGAAGAUCCCAACAAAGUCGCCCGCGAGACCGUGAGGCCAGCUCAAGACGACACGGAGAGCACCAACGCGGACGCCGGCGGCGUCGACGAUGUCAGCCAUCGCAGCAAGGAGCCCACGGCGGAGCAAUGCAACGGCCCCCAGAGGAAGCGGAAGCAGCUGCGGCCGGAGGAGGAGAAACCGGUCGAUGCCAUCGCCACGGUGGUGGUGGCGGCAGCAUCGGACCAAGGCAGCCACACCUGCCACUCGCCACCACACCUGCAGCCGCCGCCGCCGCCGCCCUCGGUGCACGUCCUGAGCUACAGCAUGGCGCGGCCGAGCGCGAGCGCGGCAUACUACGCCGCCGCGCCGGCGACGGCAGCGCCAGACGCGAGGUCCCUGCCGCCGCAGGAGCUCCCGUACACGUACCCACCGUGCUGCUACUACUCGCAGCCGUCGCCUUGGGCGCCGCAGACGGGCGCGGCUUCGCCGGCGCGCUACUCCUACGCCGAUCUUUUCAGCGACGACAAUGCCAACUCCUGCACCGUGAUGUGA